AUCCAACGCAUCACAGUCGCUCUCUCUUCCCAUCACUGUCACUCAUUCAUUAUACUACUAUAUACCACUUAAUUCUUUAAUACAUCCGACCCACAGUCAAAAUGCGUUCCUACGUCGCCGUUUCCAUCUUCGCGUUCUCCGCAUCCGUCUUCUCGGCCCCUACUCCUCAGCUUGGCCUCGGCAACGUAGUCGGCUCCGUCACUGGCACCGCCAGCGGCACUGUUGGAUCCCUCACCAGCACCGUCGGAAAGACUGUUGACCCCGUCACCGGUCUUGUCACUGACGAUGCCGACCUCAAAGGCGUCACUGGCCUCGUGAAGGAGAAGCGCCAGCCCCAGGUUGUCGACGGCCUCACCAGGCCCGUUGCCGACCUCACCAAGCCUGUUACCGACAUCGUUGGCGAUGUCACCAAGGUCAGGGUAGUUGGAAAUGCCAGGCGCCAGCUCCGCCUCCCAGUUGUUGGUGGUGUCACCUCCACCGUCGACCGCGUGACUGACAGCGUCAACCUGAGUGGCGCCGUCGAGGGUGUCACAAGCGCCAGCUCCACCUCCCCGCCGUUGGUGGUGUCACCUCCACCGUCGACCGCGUAACUGACAGCGUCAACCUCGGUGGUGCCGUCGAGGGUGUCAAGACUGAUGUCCACAGCAAG